AUGACUGUCGAUGUGGUGGGCUUCUCUGGGGUGCCUCUAACUCUGCCCAUGACUAAACCACUUCGGACAGUGGUGGCCAAACAGACUGUGCACCAUUCUUUCGUGGUCGCUAAACACGUACCAGUAAAUUUGCUCGGACGGGACUUAUUGAUGAAAUUGGGAGCGUCAAUCCUGUGCAACGCAGAGGGACUGACUAUUACUCUGCCUGAUGGGCAGACACGAACAUGUGAUUAUCGACCCUCAAGUGGGAAGCACCAACUGUUGCUACAGCCUCUGACCACACAGACACACACAGCAGACAUUUAUUGGGCCCUGUUGAAACCAGACAUACCUACCCGGCCCGGGAUAAUGACCCUGUUCCGCAGGUGGAAACCUUGGAUUGCUGGAUUGAGACCUUACGUCUCUCCUCCUGACCCUCCCCAUGUCACGUUGUUUUAUGACAGAAAUGAGACCGAUUGGUACAAAGACGCAUUUGCAGAACUGGAGGGUCAACAGUGGGCCAUUGAAACGUCUAAUAUGUAUGUGGGAUCUGAGGGAGUUGCGGCUGCGGUCUCCCUGACCCAAGAACAAUCGCAGUGGUACAUGAUGACGGAGACAUCCGUGCCUCAUGUCUCAUUGGCUCUUCACUCAGGUCACGCGGCCAAAGAAUUAGGACCAAUGGUAAAACGUGCCGAGGCCGUAUCUGACUGGGUCUCGACGCAGAUCGCGGGACUCACCUGUUCUAAAAGUACUGAAAUGUAUCGUAUCCAUGCCCAAACAAACAAUCAGUCAGAGUUGGAACAUGUUACUCUGGACCGAGAACACGGCCGAGAACAUUCCGAUCACGAGCAGGCUGAAGUUAUGGUGGCUAGGCUACCUUGGACGUUGUGGUCUACAGGACCAGCCGACGCUGGCCAUUGCCAAUGGUUACCCCCUAUUACUUUCCAAAUUCAAACCGUACAACCCAUCUGGCUUCCUCAGUACCCUCACAAACCUGUGGCUGAAGCUGGUAUCGCAGAUACCAUACGAGGACUCCUGAAAGCGGGAGUCCUUGAGCCUUCACAGUCUAAUUGGAAUACCCCGAUUCUCCCUGUGGAGAAGGCGGGGACCGGUAAGUACCAAAUGGCUCAUGAUUUGCGGGCCGUAAAUAAAAUUGUGGUAACUCCCACCCUACCCGUGCCAAAUCCUUACACCGCUCUUUCAUCACUCCUUCCCACACAAAAAUGGUUUUCCUGCAUAGACCUGGCAAAUGCAUUUUUCUGCCUUCCCCUGGCAGAGAGUUGUAGAGACAUCUUCUCCUUCACCUUCCAGGGGCGACAACUCCGGUACACACGGGUCCCGCAGGGAUUUAUUUUGUCACCAGGACUCUUCAAUCAGGCCUUAAAAGAAGCCUUAUCAGGCUGUGAACUCCCACCCGACUGUACACUAAUUCAGUAUGUGGAUGAUAUUCUCAUCGCAGCCACAACAGCGGCAGAUUGCCUCCAGGCCACACACGAUGUGCUCUGGCGGCUACAUGCCCGCGGCUUCAAGGCCAGCAAGGACAAAUUACAGAUAGCACGGCCCACAGUAAAGUUUUUGGGCCGCCUGAUCAACAGACAGGGCGCUGGCAUGUCCCCGAACCAUAGACAAACCAUUUUGCAACACCCACAACCGGUCACAGUAAAGCAAAUGUUGUCAUUUUUGGGUCUUGCAGGGUUCAGCAGAAGUUAUGUACCAGACUUUGUGAACCUGACCAAUCACCUCCGAGAAAUGGUGAGAGAAAAGGGCAUGAGAAACCUUACUGCCCCACUCCAGUGGACAGUUCCAGCAGAAGAGGCAUUCACAAAACUGAAGCAAUCCUUAGCGGGAGCAGCGGAUCUGGCUCGUCCAGAUUAUGCACUUCCCUUCUUCUUGGAUGUUUCUGUACAGAACAACGUUGUCAACGGUGUCCUGUAUCAGAAACAAAGGGGGAGAAGGUGUAUCUUGAUGUAUCACAGCGUAAUGCUGGACCCACUAGAAAGGAGACAUCCAGUGUGCACACAGCAUGCAGCAGGGAUAGCAAAACUCAUUCAAAAGACAGCACACAUAGUGAUGGGACACCAGUUGGUGGUCCUGACAACACACAGCGUAGUAGCAUUUGUGAACUCACAGAUUUUCACACUAGCUCCGCUGAGACAGGGAAGACUGAGCAAGAUUUUGGAAGCCCCAAACCUGGUGUUUACACACCAAGGGAUCAACGUGGCUGACCAGAUCUCAGGGGGAGAACCACAUGACUGCCACGAGAAGGUCUUGGAGGAUCUAAAAAUCAGACCAGACCUAGUCAGCGAACCGAUAGAGGGCGCUGAAAACUGGUACACAGAUGGAUGCUGUUACAAAGACAAACAGGGAGACCUUCAAGCAGGGUAUGCGGUAGAUAGGGAGACAGAGACAGGCUACCAGGUUGUGACAGCAGAGAAGCUAACAGAAAGACCAUCAGCUCAGAGAGCAGAGCUCCUGGCGAUGAUUACAGCACUGCAACAUGCAAAGGAUAGAGAAGUGAACAUCUAUACCGACUCAGCCUACGUGACAGGAGCUGUGCAUGUGGAACUUAAACAAUGGGAAAGAGCCGGAUAUCGAACAGCUACCAUGACCCCUGUAAAGCAUGCAGAAGAAAUGGCAAUCCUGGCCCAGGCCAUUCAGGGACCAACUAGGGUGGCACUGAUAAAAUGCAAAGGACAUGACAAAGAAGGAAGCAGAGUGGCAAAAGGAAACGAGGAGGCUGAUCAGCGAGCUAAAGAAGCAGCAGGAUACAUCCCUAGACAUCAAAUGAUGAUGAGCCACCAGGUAAGUGAUUGUCAAAAGAGAGCAUCUCUUCAGGAAAAGUCUGUUUGGAAACAACGGGGAGGCACUGAAACCGACGGUGUGUGGAGAGGACCGGAUGGUCGACCCAUUCUACCUCCAGAAUUGAGAUCGAGCCUAAUAGAAGAGGCCCAUGGUCCAGGGCAUGUGGGAGCACAACAAAUUCUGAGGAACUUGAGCCAUUGGUGGCACCCCUACCUGGCUGACAUGGCAAAGAGAUGGGUAAGAGACUGUGAAAUUUGUGGUAAGUAUAACCCAAAGCCAACUGUGAAACCGCACAUGGGAGCAUUCCCACUACAGGUAAGGCCCGGAGAAGAGAUCGUGAUUGAUUACACUGACAUGAUUGAUAGAGUUCGAGGGUAUCGCUACCUCCUGGUGAUGGUCGACUCAAUCACAGGAUGGCCUGAAGCCUACCCCGCUAAAAACGAAGAUAGUAAAACAGUGAUCAAAUGCCUAAUAAACCACUACAUAUCACAACACGGGUUUCCCAGAAGAGUAAGGUCCGACAAUGGAACACAUUUCAAAAAUCAAGACCUACAGGCUGUGGAAGCAGCUUUGGGCCUAAAACACAAAUUUGGAGCAGUGUACCACCCAGAAUCUCAGGGUAAAGUUGAGCGCAUGAACCAAAAUUUAAAAACCAAAUUGGCUAAAAUCUGUGCACAGAGCAAAAUUGAUUGGGUUACUGCCCUUCCAAUAGCAUUGUUACAAAUAAGGAGCUCACUAAACAAAGUAACAGGGUUCACACCGUUUGAGCUGCUCACAGGUAGACAAUUCCCAGGACCCACAGCAGCCCUUCCUGGGGAAGGUCAAAAUAUAACCAACUUUCAGUAUAAAGCAUAUUUUGAUGAACUCAAAGCUUUGGUGUCAGGUUUUGUCUCACAGGUGCACGACAGAGUGACGGGAGGCCAAAAGGGGGAACCACACACUGCAGAGUGGGUCCUUCUAAAGGUCAUCAAGAGAAAGUGGUCAGAACUCAGGUGGACAGGACCCCACCAGGUUGUCGAGAGAACAUCGCAUGCUGUGCGCCUAAAAAGAAAAGGAGACACCUGGUAUCACUGGAGUCAGUGCAUACCCGCAGAGAACCCAGGAAGGACACUUCAGGAGAUUGAAACAGUGCUCAGGGGGUCAUCUGCUGGCGACCCCAACAAGGCUCUUCCACAAACGGGGCAGAAUAAUCCCCAGGUAGAGUCUCUGGCUGAGGUAGUCUACCCUCAGUCAGCAACGUUAACCGCCAUGAUGGGCCAGCUCCUGCAGGAGCAGCCACAACUGAUUGUGAGCUCUAGAGAGCUCAAAAGGGGGAAUUGA